GCGCGCGCCUCUCCCCUCCUGUCCUCACCACCGCGCACGGCGGCGGGACGGCGACGCACCAGACGGGCCGCGCGCGCCUCCCCUAUCUAUGCGGCUUCCCUCCGUUCUCGGAGCCCUGCUGCACCGCGCCACUCACCCCGCCAUGCCAACCCAGCACCCGGAACCGACCAUGGCUGCCUCUGCCUCCGCCCCCGCCUCCGCCUCCGCCCCCGCGAUCGAGUCGAUGAUGGCCAGGGUGGCGCUGGAGUGCGGCGGCGACAUCUCUUCCUCCCAGGAGGAGAUCCUCGCCACCUCAUCCUUUCUCGGCGGCGACACCGACCUCCCCGCCUCCCAGGACGACGACGAGGAGGAGGUCUUCGCCACCCAACAACAGGAAGACCCCAUCACCAUGUGCACCCUCCCCUUCACCCCUUCUCCGUCCAAGUCGCCCGCGCCUCGCUCCGCCGAGGCGGCGCUCGCACCUCCCUCCUCCCAGCCCCAAGCGCCCACGCCUCUCUCCCCAAACGACGGGGACGACGCGCCGCCCGCAAAUCCGCGCCGGAAGCCCAGGGUGUGCGUCAGGAAGGUCAGGGGCGCCAGGAUCAGGACCCCAAGCCCAAGCCCCAAACAACAACUGCAGCCACAACCAAAACCAAACCAACUGAUCCAUGUCGAUCCUCUCGUCAGGGCGGUGCUCAUGAUCCCUACCAGAACCACCACCGCUGCUACCGUUACCACGACCAGCGGCAAGCAGGAUCCCGUGGGGGACUUCAUCGCGCUCGCCCGCCACAAAGGCAUCUUCGCCAAAAGCCCUUCGUAGCUGCUGGUGCAGGGACUACACUCUUCACCUGGAUCAGCCAUAUCGCCGGGCUGCCUAACAGUUGUUGUCUGCCGUUUUGGUCAUGUUGUUGAAUGGAAGAGCCUUGUAGCGUGCGCCUUUUCCAUCAUGAUUUGCUAGAUAGAGAUAACCAUGUGAAUGUUGCCCAUGGUACCUACCGCUUAGCGAAUUUCAGUCAUACUGUCAAUGUCUCUCAUGCUUUGAUCUUUCGGUGCUCACUGUCAUGGCCAAUUUAGUGAUGCUUAGCAAGAUGAAGUUAGAUAGGUUACAGCUAUUUUCCUGCAAAAACAAGAUAGGUUACAGCAAUUCAACAAUUUCUGCCUCCUUUCAUGCCCAUAUUCUUCCAUUCCAGUGCUCGUGACAUGCUGCUUCCUUCUUGUAUUUCUGCACUAUGCACAGCCUAAACAUGAGCCUGUUUCUAAUGUAUGGCAAUGGCUACUUUCGUGCCUAACAUACUUCCCAUGGAGCAUCAACCAGGCCCUGAUUCAGAUUUCUCCUUUACAUGUACUUUCGAUCUUUUCUCUACCGUGUUAAGUUGUUCACGGUUCAAAAAGAGAAACACAUUCUUUA